CCAACAGCAACUUCAAGACCGCCAAGGUGUCCACUGUCAAAGUGGUGAUGUUUGUCAAAGACUACAACGCCGAAGGUCGGGAGGAUCAUAUCAGCGUUACAGCAGGAGAGAUAGGACAGUACCUGGGAAGACAGGGCGACUACUGCCGUAUAAAACUGUUCGUCCGCAUUGGAGAAGGGUUGGUGCCUAGUGCUAUUGUAGUGGGUAUGUAG